GCUAUUGUGACGUUUUAUCGUUGUAAUCUAGAAAGUUCUAACUGUGAAUAUUUUCAAUCUUGGGAUAUUAAAGAUGCCUGUCAAAAAUUAAAAGAGACGAAUCAAAUUUGGUCAACUUGGUUCGAAAAAGUUAUGCCUCCUUUGGUUUGUCCGAUUGAUAAACUAAGCAAAUCUGAACAAUUUGAUAAUAGAGAGUAUCUCAAGGAAAUAAGUUAUGACUUAGUAGCCUUAGAAGACGUCGUAAGAAACAAUGAAGAAUCUCUGAAUGACGAACAAAAGUUUGCUUACAAUCAAAUUAUUACAAGUGUUAAUAAUAAUGAGGGUCGAAUAUACUUUUUAGACGCUCCAGGUGGAACUGGAAAAACUUUCUUAAUCAAUUUGAUUUUAGCGAAAGUUAGAAGUACUCGCGACAUUGCCUUAGCUGUAGCAUCUUCUGGGAUCGCAGCAACACUGCUCGAGGGUGGUCGAACGGCCCAUGCUACCUUCAAAUUACCACUCAAUCUUACAACUUCGGCCACUCCCUUUUUGUGGGGCGAAAUUACAAUGGCACAUAAGGUUGGUGUUGAGGCUUUAAAUAGAUCUCUAAAGGAUAUAAGGGAAAAUAAAAGGUUAAUGGGUGGUGCAAUGGUUUUACUGGCUGGAGACUUUAGGCAGACUCUACCAGUAGUACCAAAAGGGACCAGAACUGAUGAAGUCAAGUCAUGUCUUAAAAGAUCUACUUUAUGGUCUAAGAUUAAUAUACUCAAACUGUCAAAAAAUAUGAGGGUACACUUGGGAGAGGAAAAGUUUGCUGGUGGAUUUUCAGAUCUUUUACUUGAAAUUGGCAAUGGUGAUUAUCCAUCGUUUGAUGAAAUGAUAACUAUCCCAGAAAAUUUGUGUACAGUUGUAACUACGGUUCAGGAUUUAAUAUCAAAAAUUUAUCCAGAUAUUGCUCAUAUUCAUGAUAAGCCUAUGGAAUGGUUGUGUGAACGUGCUAUACUCACUCCAAAAAAUGACCAAGCGGUGGCUAUCAAUGAUACACUACUGAUGUCUUUUGAAGAGGAAGAAAAAGUAUAUACUUCUAUAGAUACGGUGGUCAACAUGGACGAUGCAACUAAUUAUUCGGUUGAAUUUUUAAAUUCAUUGAAACCACCGGGCAUGCCAUAUCAUAGGCUUAUUCUGCGUGUGGGCACACCUAUUAUGUUGUUGCGAAAUUUGAAACCGCCUAAACUGUGCAAUGGGACUAGACUUAAAGUCAAAGCUUUACAUCGCAAUAUAGUAGAAGCCACAAUUUUAACAGGAUGUGCAAAAGGGGAAACUGUGUUUGUACCACGAAUCCCUUUAAUUCCGAAUGAUCAUCCGUUUGAAUUUAAACGAUUACAGUUUCCCCUGAAAGUCUGUUUUACAAUGACUAUAAACAAGUCUCAAGGUUAA